AUGCUGUUAAUUUACAAAACGAAAUUUACAGUAAUGGUGACCUGGGGUGUCAUUCUAGCAGCGAUGGCUAAAGUCAAAACUGGACAGCAUCUCCUUGCCGCCAGAUUCUUCCUCGGCGUUGCUGAGGCAGGUCUGUACCCCGGCGUUCUCUUUUAUCUGUCGCUGUGGUACACGAGAAAACAGCAGGCUACGCGAAUUGCUAUCUUCUAUGGAAGCUCUACUUUAGCAGGUGCAUUCGGCGGCGUUCUGGCUUACGGUAUAAUGCAUAUGAAAGGCCUUGCGGGGUUGAGCGGCUGGCAAUGGAUUUUCAUCAUUGAAGCUAUUCCCACAAUCCUAGUUGGAGCGUUGACUUACUUCAUUCUACCCGACUAUCCGGAAAAGGCAACGAUGCUUAAUGAGCGUGAGCGAGAAAUCAUUGUUGGCUUAAUGAAGGUGGAUGUUGGACCUGCUGUCGAGAAACACUGGUCUUGGAUACAAUUUUGGGCGGUGUUCAAGGACUGGAAAUCGUAUGCUUAUGGCUUGCUAUCACUCGCUGCAUGCACUCCUAUGUUCUCCCUGAGCAUGUUUUUACCUAGUAUCAUUCGUGAUCUCGGGUUUGAAAGUGUCACAGCGCAAGCGAUGACAAGUGUUCCGUACGCUAUUGCCUUUGUGAUCACCGUUCUCAAUGCUAUAAGCGCUGAUAGGCAUCAAGAACGUGCAUUCCAUAUUGCCAUUCCUUCAUUUGUGGGUGUUAUCGGCUACAUGCUUCUGAUUGUCUUGCGGAAUAGUGGCUCAGCAGCACGCUAUGUAGCAGCCAUCAUUACCGUUACUGGUGCGUUUGCAGAGUCUCCUCCAAAAACAUCCUGGUUUUCCAACAAUUUUGGUGGACAGACGAAGCGUGCCGUAGCAUUAGGUUUGAUCAUAGCUAUUGGAAAUAUCGGAGGAGUACUGGGCGGUCAUCUAUACAGAGAAGACGACGCUCCAUAUUAUGUCCGCGGUCAUGCUAUUAAUUUGAGUCUGAUGGGAGUACUUGUGAUUCUGUCACUAAGUAUCAAGUUCAUAAUGUAUCGUAUCAACAAGAAACGCGAUAAUUUGACAUCAGAGGAGUACCGCAUUGCUUGUGAAGGUGAAGAGCUAUGCGACAAGGUACAGUAA